AAUCGGGUGACACUUCAGUAGGAUGACGAAAAGAUAUAAAAUGAAUAGUGUUAAUGUAUCUAAUGGAGAUACGGAUACGAAAAAAGUGUCAAGUGAUGAAAGUGCAUCAGAAGAUGGCGAGAAAAAGCCAGAAGAAGUACCAAGCGUAUCUUUUUUCACAUUGUUCAGAUAUGCAACUCAAAAGGACAAAAUUUACAUCACAAUAGCGCUAUUCUUUUCUGUGGCAAGCGGGUGUUCUAUGCCUAUCAAUACUAUCCUAUUUGCCGACCUAUUACAAAGUAUGGUUUAUUAUCAAUUCUCAAUUGAUGCUGGUACACCAGACGGCGAUGCCUUUUUAAAAGCAAUUCAAGAUUUUGCAAUAUGGAACUGCGUUGUUGGUGCAUUAGUUGUAAUUCUCUCAUAUUUUGCUACCGUUUUAAUGAACAAAGCAGCAUAUAAUCAGAUAUACAAGGUACGUCAAGAAUAUUUAAAGGCAGCUCUAAACCAAGACUUUGAAUAUUUCGAUACACAUAAAACAGGGGAUUUUGCAUCAAAAAUGACAAGCGACGUGGUAAAACUAGAGGAUGGUAUAGGGGAGAAAUUUGCCACAUUUAUUUUUUAUCAAUCAGCAUUUCUUAGCUGUAUAAUUAUGGCUCUUAUCAAAGGAUGGAAACUUGCUUUACUGUGUUUAAUAUCAUUCCCAGUUACAUUACUUCUGGUCGGAGUAGCAGGAUUGAUUGCAUCUAAAUUAUCAAAAAAAGAAGCAGUUGCAUCUGGUCACGCCGGUAACAUAGCAGAAGAGGUAAUAUCAUCGGUAAAAACAGUAUAUGCAUUUAGCGGACAAGAAAAAGAAGUAGAACGUUAUGGAGCUCACAUAAAAACUGUCAGAGAGAUAAAUAUCAAAAAAGCACUUUUCAACGGAAUGGCAAUGGGUACUCUCUUCUUCUGUAUUUUCUGCGCAUACGCUUUAUCAUUUUGGUUUGGAUACAAGUUAAUAGUUGAAGAUGAUUACGAAAUAUCAGAUAUGAUAGCCGUCUUCUUUGGAGUUAUGAUGGGUUCAGCAAACUUUGGUAUAUCAUCGACUCUCAUGGAAGUAUUCGGAAUGGCUAGUGGUGCUGGAGCUCAGAUUUUCAACCUUAUCGAUAACGUACCAACCAUCAACCCGCUGCUAAAUGAAGGCACUGUCCCCAAAACUAUCAAAGGAAAUAUUGAAUUGAACAACGUAUUUUUCCAUUACCCUUCAAGACCAGAUAUUCCUAUAUUAAAAGGAGUUAGUAUAUCAGUGAAACAUGGUCAGUCAGUUGCUUUAGUCGGGCAUUCGGGUUGCGGAAAAUCUACCAUCAUACAACUCAUUUCCAGAUACUACGAUGUAAUUGAUGGAAACGUGCGUGUCGACAAUAAUGAUGUACGGCAUUUAUCAGUGCGAUGGCUCCGUGAACAAAUUGGUCUGGUAGGCCAAGAACCUGUACUCUUCAAUACUACCAUUCGAGAGAAUAUACGUUACGGUCGCGACGACGCCACUGAUUCUGAAAUAGAAGACUGUGCAAGACAAGCAAAUGCUCACAAAUUCAUUAUGAAAUUGCCAAAUGGCUACGAUACGCUCGUAGGUGAACGAGGAGCAUCACUAUCUGGUGGUCAAAAACAACGUAUAGCAAUAGCACGUGCUCUGGUCCGCAAUCCACGUAUACUUCUUCUAGACGAAGCCACUAGUGCACUAGAUAAUGCAUCUGAAGCAAAAGUACAGAAAGCGCUUGACAAGGCUCAAGAGGGUCGAACCACUAUUGUAGUUGCUCAUCGACUUUCCACAAUAAGAAAUGUCGACGCAAUUUACGUCUUCAAAGCCGGAACUGUAGUGGAAGUUGGUAAUCACGACGAAUUGAUCAAGAAAAAAGGCCAUUAUUAUGACAUGAUUACAAUGCAAUCAGCUCCAGGUGCAAAUAUUGAAAACGAGGAUAAACCUAAUCUAACUCGUGAGCUAUCUGUCAGAAGUGACAAAGACGAUGAAGAUGAAUUUGUCGAGCAAAAAAUGAAUGAGAAACUGGAGGAAGAAGUAAUACCAGACAUAUCAUUCUUCCAAGUGGUUAAACUGAACAAACCUGAAUGGAAAUCUGUUACUCUUGCUAGCGUAUGUUCAUUUUUGAGCGGUUUUGCUAUGCCUGUAUUAGCUAUUAUACUCGGUGAUUUUGUCGGUGUAUUGUCAAAUAAAGACCCGGAUGAAGUUGCCGCUGAAGUUAGAAAAUUUGCCCUAAUCUUUGUCGGAGUUGGUGUAUUUUCAGGAAUCACAAACUUUAUAACGGUAUUCUUUUAUGGCAUAGCUGGAGAACAUCUAACUGAACGUCUGCGACGAUUAAUGUUUCAAAAAUUGUUGCAACAAGAGAUCGCUUUCUAUGAUGAUAAAAACAACUCUACAGGAGGACUUUGCGCUAAAUUAUCCGGAGAGGCAGCUGCUGUGCAAGGCGCUACUGGACAAAGAAUUGGUACUGUGUUACAAGCAUUGGGUACGUUUGGAUUUGCGUUGGCCUUGGCGCUUUACUAUGAAUGGCGAGUGGGACUGGUUGCGUUUACUUUUGCACCAAUAAUGGCCGUUAUUUUGUACAAAGAAGGAAGAAUGGUAAGCGCCGAGUCUUUUGGAGCAGCCAAAACAAUGGAGUCCAGUUCAAAGAUUGCUGUAGAAGCUGUAUCAAACGUACGGACAGUAGCAUCACUUGGUAAGGAGGAGUCAUUCAGAAAUGAAUAUGCCACACAACUUCUACCGGCGCUCGUACUUGCAAACCGUUCAACCCAUCUUCGAGGCAUUGUUUUCGGUCUCUCCCGAGGUCUAUUCAAUUUCGUAUAUGCUGCAGCACUGUAUUAUGGAGGAACGCUGAUUUUAUAUGAUGAUGUCGAUUACGAACUGAUUUUGAAAUCUGCACAGGCUCUUCUUAUGGGUGCUGCUACAGCAGCUCAAGCUUUUGCUUUUGCACCUAAUUUCCAAAAGGGAAUAAAGGCGGCAGGACGCAUCGUUGUUCUGCUUAACAGGCAAUCGAAAAUAGCAGAUCCUCCACAUCCCGUAAAAGACUUUAGAGGUACUGGUCAAGCAUCUCUUGAGGCAGUACAAUUCAGAUACCCAACUCGGCCGCUGAUACAAGUAUUAAAGAAUAUGAAUCUAGAAGUAGAACAAGGCAAAACAAUAGCUUUAGUUGGAGCCAGUGGUUGUGGUAAAAGUACUGUUAUACAAUUGCUGGAGAGAUACUAUGAUCCUGAUAGUGGAAUAGUGGCUCAAGAUGGUAUACCAUUACCAAAACUACGGUUACUUGAUGCCAGGCGGCCUAUUGGAUUCGUCCAACAAGAACCUGUGCUUUUUGACCUCACCAUUGGUGAAAAUAUUGCAUAUGGCGACAAUAUGCGGAAAAUGAAAAUGGAAGAAAUCAUUGAAGCCGCUAAACAAGCGAAUAUACACAAUUUUAUUGCUUCUUUGCCAUUGGGUUAUGACACAAACAUCGGAUCUAAGGGCACGCAGCUAUCAGGUGGUCAAAAACAGAGGGUGGCUAUUGCAAGAGCUCUCAUCAGAAAACCAAAAAUGUUACUCCUUGAUGAGGCAACCAGUGCACUGGACACAGAGAGUGAAAAGGUGGUGCAAGAAGCGCUUGAUAAGGCGAAAGCAGGUCGCACAUGCGUGAUGAUUGCCCACAGGCUCAGUACAGUGAGGGACGCAGACAUUAUCUGUGUUAUCAACGAGGGGCAGGUGGUAGAGAAAGGCAGGCACGAAGAAUUAUUAGAACUUAAGGGAUUAUAUUAUAAUUUAAAUAGAAAAGGAUAUAGCUAA